AUUAUUAUUACUAUUAUUAUUAUUAUUAUUAUUAAUUAUUAUUAUUAUUAUUAUUGUCGUUGUUGUUGUUGUUGUUGUUGCUGUUGUUGCUGUUGUUGCUACUAUUACUACUACUACUACUACCACUACUAUUAUCACUAUUGCUAAAGUUGCUGUUGUUUGUUAUAGUUCUUUUUCGUAUUCAUGAUUUUGUUAUUGUUGUUACUCGAUUCGAGCUCUAUUAUCAAUCAAAUUAUAUUAAUUUCAAUUAUAUUUUUAAGUGUAAUAAAGACUUUUCCAUAUUUGAAGAGCACUUGUCAAUCAAGUUUGUUUAUACAUUUAUGUUUUGUAUUAUAUAUAUAUUCUAAUAUAUAUUUCUAUAUAUAUAUAUACUUAUAUAUUUAUAUAUAUACGUAUAUAUAUAAUAUAUAUAUAUAUAUAUAUAUAUAUUUGUCUUUUUCUUUUUUUUCUUUUCCCAUGUUAUUGAAUAUCUAUUUGUUUGUUUUGUUAACCUUGCAUAAUUUAUUUUUAUUAAACAAAUAUUGA